CGGUCUUCAGCUCAUGCGACUUCACCUCGCACAACUGACGCUAAGUCGAGAGCCCGAGCUGCAGCAGCAGGCUGCAAGCGGUGGGAGUUCAGACGACAAUGAGGAUCAGGACAAUGAUCUGAGUGACGAUGCGAGCAUUAGUACGGCGGAUGAUCUGGCGGCUCGAUUGGCGGCGCGUUUGCUGGGCGGUACGGCGGCGGAGGAUGCUGAUGAGGAUGGCAGCAGCAGCAGCGGCAGCAGCGACGAUGGCGGCAGCAUUGGCGGUAAAGAUGUUGGUGAUGAUGAUGUCAAAGAUCUCGAUGCUGAUAGCGGAGAUGCCCUCGAGUCCGACUCCUACGUGAUAGCUCUCGGCAUGGAGGAGGGCGACGAGGAAACCUACGAGGGUUCCAAUGGCGAGGGCAGCGACGUCAGCGGGUACGCAGAUGACACAGGUGGGGACAUUGAUGGUGAGGCGAAUGAUGGGGGCAGCUCCGACCCACGGGUCACUCCAGCAGAUCUGGACGUCCUCAUGCGGGCCGGCAUGCGGGAGGAGUACGACAGCAGCAACAGCAGCAACAGCCAAGAUGGCGAUGAUGACGUGGCAUCCGAGUCCAGUCAGCGAGAUCUGGAUGCGCUGCUCAAGAUGUUUACCGAUACCUCCUCCUCCUUUGCUGCUACAACUACCGGUGCUGAGGAAGCCGCCACCACCACCGCCGUCAGUAACGACAACGGCAACAACAGUGACGGAGAAGCUGCUGACGUGGCAUUGACACUGACUACGGCGACAGAGCCCGCGGCAGACUCCGCCGCCGCAACGUCCGAGGCGUCCUCUGUCUCUGCCACCUCUGCCACCUCUGCCACCUCUGCCACCUCUGCCACCUCUGCCACCUCUGCCACCUCUGCCACCGCCGCCGCCGCUGCUGCUGCUGCUGCUGCUGCUGACCCCUCCGCUGAGGGAAUGCUUGCGAUCACACGUCGGCUGCUGGAGCAAGAUCGCGACGGCCCCCGACUUGAUCUCCCCCGUG